GCAGUCUCAGAAAAUUUUUCUGCCCCUCAAAUUUUCCCCCAUCAAAAUUAUUCGAAUAUUUAUUGCCAAUGUCUGGGAAUUUUCCGGGAAAGUGAGGGAAAAUUAAAACGCUGAUGGGUAGAGCGUUCGUGUACGUGAUUCUCGGCGGGGGCGUGGCUGCUGGGUAUGCAGCUCUCGAAUUCACGAGGCGAGGUGUUUCCCAUGGCGAACUCUGCAUAAUUUCGGAAGAACCCGUCGCACCAUAUGAGAGGCCGGCAUUAAGCAAAGGUUUUCUGCUGCCAGAAGCUCCUUCACGGCUUCCUUCAUUUCACACAUGUGUUGGAGCUAAUGACGAGAAGCUAACCCCGAAAUGGUACAAGGAACAUGGAAUCGAAUUGGUCCUUGGAACUCGGGUUAAGUCGGUUGAUGUGAGAAGGAAAACGCUUUUAACAGCCAUUGGCGAGACUAUAAGUUACAAGUUCUUGAUUGUUGCAACUGGUGCCCGGGCAUUGAAGCUUGAAGAAUUCGGGGUAAAUGGAUCAGAUGCUGAAAACGUUUGUUAUUUACGAGAUCUGGGUGAUGCAAAUAGGCUUGUAAGCGUGAUGCAAUCAAGCACUAAUGGUAAUGCCGUUGUAAUUGGCGGUGGAUAUAUCGGUAUGGAGUGUGCUGCCUCUUUAGUGAUUAACAAAAUUAACGUGACGAUGGUCUUUCCAGAAGAACAGUGCAUGGCACGUCUCUUUACGCCAAAAAUCGCAAACUACUAUGAAGAAUACUACAAGGCUAAAGGGGUGAAGUUCGUCAAAGGAACAGUUUUGUCUUCUUUCGAGUUUGACCCGAAUGGAAAGGUUAUUUGUGUUAAUCUCAGAGAUGGAAACCAGCUGCCGGCAGACAUGGUCGUGGUUGGAAUCGGGAUCCGACCGAACACGAGCUUGUUCGAGGGACAGUUAACGAUAGAGAAAGGAGGGAUCAAAGUGAACGGCAAAAUGCAAUCAAGCAACAGCUCCAUAUACGCUAUCGGAGACGUCGCGGCGUUUCCCGUCAAACUAUUCGGGGAGACGAGGAGGCUCGAGCACGUGGACUCGGCUAGGAAAUCUGCACGCCACGCCGUUUCGGCCAUCAUGGAGCCAGAGAAAACUGGGGAUUUCGACUACCUGCCGUUUUUCUACUCGAGGGUCUUCGCCCUCUCGUGGCAAUUCUACGGCGACCCGGCGGGUGAAGUCGUGCACUUUGGGGACUAUGAAAACGGCAAGGUGUUCGGGGCGUACUGGGUCAAAAAGGGUCAACUGGUCGGGUCGUUUCUCGAAGGAGGGACCAAGGAAGAGUACGAAGACAUCGCAAAGGCGGCUCGGUUAAAGCCAGCGGUCACUGACUUGGAGGAAUUGGGAGAGAAAGGGUUGGGAUUUGCGAAGAGAGUAGUGGAAGAACAGACAGUUCCAGAUGCUGGAGGCGGUGAGACAUUGAAGCAGUCUUCUUCUUCUACUUCUUCUGCUGCUGUUGUCGUGAUGGAGAAACCUUUGCACGUUUGGAACGCGGCGGCUGGGGUUGUAGUGGCUGCGUCUGUGGCUGCGUUUGCGUUUUGGUACGGCAGGAGACGCCGCCGGUGGUGAAAAAACGCUGGGCGAUUGGUUUGGGGAUUUGAUUCAGAGCCACUGGUUGUUGUUUGUAGCAUUGAUAGGAAAUAUAGGAUGAUGAUUUCAGAAACUACUUUAUGUUUAUUACAUUGAUAUACUUCUGUCGUAAUGAAGAACGGUCCAAUGCAAAUUCGAUCCAUUCCUUU